AUGCCAAGCGCCUUGAAGCGUCUCAGCAACGAGCUGCGGGAGGCUACCCUAAACCCGGAGAGCGACGUGGACCUGCAUCUGCUGCAUACCAACAGUCUCUUUACGUGGGAGGCGAUUCUCCGUGGCCCACCCGACACGCCAUUUGAGGGAGGGAAAUAUCAUUUGCUUCUCCGCGUGCCGCAGGACUACCCAAUGCUCCCCCCCAGAGCAACCUUUGUAACGAAAGUGUUCCAUCCCAAUGUGAACUUUGAUACUGGUGCCGUUUGCCUUGACAUUCUGAAGAGUCGCUGGUCUCCGGCAUGGACGCUGAACAGUGUGUGCCGCGCUAUUUUGAAUUUGUUAGCCGAGCCGGAGCCAAACAACCCCUACAACUGCGAUGCAGGUAAUUUGCUGCGGGCCGGAGACGUGGAAGGGUACACAUCACUUGUGCGCAUGUACGCCAUCACGGACGCAGACGCCCCACCGUUUCCUGAGCUUGACUAG